CGUCUCUUCCCAAGCAACCGAGAAGGUUACACCUGGCAGCCGACACAGCGUAUUGUAUCUAACACAAAAUCUCAAAAACGCAAACUUUAAUAUCCCGAACGCGGAUAGCCUGCAAUCAAUGCACCCUUGUUGUUUGCAUUUUACUUUUUCCCGUUAUAUCCAUCCAUCGAUUCUCAUCUCUCCUUUAUAUACCUUGCCUCUUUAAUUAUUUUUUGAUUGUCAAAUUGUUGUUGUCUCUUUUUUUUUCCACACUCAUACAUACUCAUUUUCAGACACACACAUAUACUAUGGCUCCUACUGCUGCUACUACCACUACUAGUCGAUCCAUCAUGGAACGCCUUGCACCAGAGAUGCUUUUACAUAUUCUCUCAUUUAUGCCACUCACAGAGGCGUAUCGGAUACGCAGCGUGUGCAGGACGUGGCAAAAUAUGGCUGAGGAGUUUAUCUAUAUGAGCAUCAAAACGCAGCAGCGGAAGGUGUAUCUGCGCAUUGGCGACAAGUCCAGAAAAUUGUCUGUCGAACUAAACCCACAUUCCUACGACCCCGUCAACCGCAUUGUCGAAUUCCGUCCACAUCCGAAUGCUGCACUUGUCCCCAUGAUGGUUGACGCGAGCAAUCCCUGGAGCACCUGCCAUCGCCGCAUGCAGAUUCAUUUUAGCGAUUGGAUGCCAAAUGGGGGUCCAUCGUCGUUUGCCGCUUCUACAGCGCUGUUGUCAAGUGAUAUGAGUCCAGCGGACCAAGCGCUAAUGCUAUUCCAUCUGCAAUACAAUCCUGCAGUCGAGCGCUUAUAUGAGCUUCCACCAUGGUCAACAACUGUGUCAGAUGUUCAUGGCGGUGAGCAUUAUGUGGGCGACAAAGGCCUGAUUCUCGCCUUGUCGUACGCCCAGGAAGGAGCACCAGCGGUAAAUUCUUCAUACUAUUAUGCCUAUCCUUCAUCCAACACAUCGGUACCGACAAUGCAGGCGCCACGCAUGGAACCGCAUUGGCUUCGAGUGACGCUCGGUUGGAUCAUGUCAGGCCUGGAACCGGAAAUCAUGCCCACGCAAAUCUAUCCACAACGGUAUGCACAUCUGGGCCAUGCGCUGGCACGCCGUGGAUUCUUCAAGUACGAUCCAUUAUCAGAGCCUGUCCUCUCCCACAUUGUUCAUUUGCAAGAGGAGCAGCGUCCAUUGACGCCAUCAUUACAUCCAGUUACCAUGACAACAACUCAGCAACCCUACUUUCCCACGGUUCAUGACAUGCAUAGUUUCCAUCACGACAAUGCAAGCUCCGCUGCCCGCAACACCGACAACAAAAGCAACACCGGCGAUCUUGAUAACGCAACCGACGACCUAGUUACUCCCGCCCUGCUCGACUAUGUCCAAUGCCACACACACGAAUGCCAUACCCGUCUAUCUCGUCUUCAACACAUGCUAGAAGGUGCUGGAGUCGAUGCCCGAGUUUUGUGGAAGUAUACUUUUGCCAAAUCCUACGUGGUUGGUAAUGGAUCCCUGCUGGGAGAAGAAGACGUGGUUCGUCGUAUCCAAGAUUCGGAGGAGGAAUGGCGAUUCAAGCGUGUAAGUUUAAUUCGACGGCUUGGCCUGGCGGCUUAGUUUCUAAUGCUACUACAACGAUCACAUCAUACCAUAUUAUCUUAUACUACCUACUUUAUUUUCAUUGCAUCUCCCAAGUUUCUCCCAUAUCUUUACUAUCCCAUCAUCAAUGUUUUCCCAUCUUUAUCCACCGUUACCUUUAUAUUACCUUUUUGUUCCUCGCGUAGUUUGUCUAUUUCUUAUCAUGCCUUACAUUGUUAUUAUCAUAUUCGCAGUAAUCAUCUCUCACAAUUUUAAAGCAUUGUCAUAAAAUCUAUUGGAUGCAGAUGCAUCCAACAAAAGUAUACAUAGUAACACAUACAUAUUUUUACACUCCAAAGCUGCCUGAACAAAGUACUGUGUAUCGUUUCUCGUUGUUCGUCAAACUAAAUUGGUCAUUCAGCAACU